AUGAGCACACUGGUAAGAUGAGAGUCUAUAAAUAUAGUGGUGCCCCUGCAUGUUGGCGAGGUACUCUGAAUUAUCAAAAUCUCCUUUAAGCCUCCCUUCUUCAAUUGUAUUGUAAUUCAACAGCUCAUUCGUACCAUCUGAUAUACAAUGACCAGAGUUUGGUUUAUCACUGGAUGCUCUCGUGGUCUCGGCCUCGCCAUAGCUGAAGCUGCGCUCAAUGCUGGAGAUUCUGUCAUCGCAACUGCCCGAAAGCCAGAGCAACUCGCAGGCCUGACGGAAAAAUAUGGCGGCGAAAGAGUCUUUGUCCUAGCCCUAGACGUCAGCGACAACGACCAAGUGAUCGAAGUCGUGAAGGCUGGACAUGACAGGUUUGGGCGAAUUGACAUUGUCGUCAAUAACGCAGGCUACGCCAACUCAGUCGCUAUCGAGGAUAUUGAUAUCGAUGAUUUCCGGGCUCAAGUAGAUGCGAAUCUCUUCAGCGUUGUGUACGUUUCGAAGGCGGUCAUACCCAUCCUUCGCCAGCAAAAGUCCGGCCACAUAUUUCAAAUUUCCUCGGUUGGUGGACGACUCGGUGUGCCGGGUCUCUCUGCAUAUCAAUGUUCAAAAUGGGCAGUUGGAGGUUUCUCGACCGUGCUCGCGCGAGAAGUGGCGCCACUCGGCAUCAAUGUCACCGUGGUGGAGCCUGGUGGCAUGAAGACUGACUGGGCUGGCUCGUCAAUGCAAAUUCCCCCAGUGAGCAAACCGUACGAGAGUACCGUGGGCUAUGUCGCCGAUCUACGUCGGAAAAAUUUAGGAAAUGAACCAUCCAUACCAAGUAAGGUCGCAAACAUUAUUCUUAGGUUGUCGAAUGAAGAGGAACCUCCUCUGCGACUUUUGAUCGGCCCUGAUGCGGUUGAACAUGCCGAAAAGGCGGCUGAGGUUCUCGCAGCAUCUGACGCAAAGUGGCGUGCGUUGAGUGUUUCUUCAACCUAGUGCAGUCUCCUCCAGUUGGUAAGAGCUUCACUAUCGGAUUUUAAACUUGAAGAUUUGCAUAACUGACUUCGGCUAUCAGAUAGAGCAUUGCCAUCGUGGUCAAAUUUGUGUGAGAAGGAUGGCUGAAAGCAAUAAGGAACACUUACUGUCCCGUGAUUUCUGACCGAAAGGAUCGUGGCCUGGAUGCAGUUAGCUAGAAGAUGUGAACUUUCUUCUAGGGUGUACUGAGCCUUUGGGGAGGUACACCUAAGCGUAUCGACCGCUUUGGUUCCGUCCUUUGUUAUAGGCCAUGGUUGAGGUCAAACAGUGGUCAAGUCUCAAAGUCGCACGACCAGCAAUCCGAUAUAAUAUCCCCAUGAUUUCGCAUUAGAGUUUGUAUUGCCAAGCUUGAGGCCUGUAAUCCACCAAUCGUAGCAUCAAGUGAAACAAGGGCUUU